ACUAAGAAUCGUCAAAUUCGAAAGUCAUUUUAGUUUUCAAUUGAUGAAUCGUACCUCAUAUACUGUGGAUCGUAUUUAAAACGGGUAUCGGUCUAUUAACACUUACGAUGGCAAAUGUCGAAAGUGAUGCUGUGCAGGUAUCCAAGACUCCCGAGGGAAUCACCACGAUCACGAUCAAUCGACCCAACAGAAGAAAUGCAAUUGACGGCCCCACAGGACGAAAGCUCACGGACGCUUUCUUAGACUUCGAGAACGACGCAACCCAAAAAGUUUGCGUGUUUUACGGUGUGCAUGGCACAUUCUGUGCCGGGUUUGACCUCCACGAGGUUGCGAAGUUCGAGCCUGGAACGAAGGGUUAUAGGGGCCCAAUUAUUGAUUCAAGUCAUAGAGUAAAAGGUCGCAAUAUCGGCCCCAUUGGACCUUCGAGAAUGCAGAUCAAGAAGCCCGUCAUAAGUGCCGUAGCAGGUUACGCAGUUGCGGGGGGUCUUGAGCUUUCUCUUCUAGGCGAUAUACGCGUCGCGGAAGAGGAUGCUGUAUUCGGCGUUUUCUGUCGAAGAUUCGGAGUGCCGUUGAUAGAUGGCGGUACGGUACGCCUCCAGGCAAUCGUGGGUUUGGGGAGAGCUCUAGACAUGAUUCUUACCGGGCGGGGUGUUACUGCACGGGAAGCGCUGCAGAUGGGUCUUGCGAACCGAGUUGUUCCCAAGGGACAGGCGCUGCGCGAAGCGUCGAAUAUUGCUAGGCAGUUACUCGCUUUUCCUCAGGGUUGCAUGAAUGUAGAUCGCACGAACUGUUAUUACGCAGCUUAUAAUACGUCUUCGUUCGAAGAUGCUUUGAGAAAUGAGUUUAAUAAGGUCAUCAAUGAAAAGACUAGCCGCCCGCGCGCCUUUACUAAAAUCUAA